AUGGGCGCCCAGUCCUUCAACACCAAACACCUCAAGACACUUGAACGCCACCACGAUCCCCGAUCCGUAUUUGAGUCCGCUGAACGAGCCCAUCGUGCUGGCUUUGAUCGGCUCUCUAUCGAUCUGAUCUAUGCGAUCCCAGAUCAAACGCUCGCUCAAUGGGAAGAUGAUCUCAAACAAGCGUUCGAGCUCCCGAUAGACCACUUAUCCGCGUAUGCGCUGACCUAUGAACCCAACACCGCGAUGACCGCUCGGCUCAAUCGUGGAGACUUCCAAAGCACUCCCGAUGAGCUAGAGGUUGAUAUGUACAACUCCACCCUCGACGCGAUCAAUGCCCAUGGCAUGCAACGAUACGAGGUCUCGAACCACGCAAAGCCAGGCAGUGAAUGCAAGCACAACAUCGCGUACUGGCGCAAUGAGAACUGGCUCGCGAUCGGUCCAAGCGCCUCGGGGCAUCUCGACGGGUACCGAUGGAAAAACACCCCUCGGCUCGAUGAAUACAUCUCCACCAACGAUGCGGGAUUCGCACCGAUCUGUGACCUUGAGACUCCUGAUCCCAAACGAUCGCUGAUGGACACCAUCAUGAUGGGGAUCAGAGUCCGCGAUGGGCUCGAUGAACAACAACUCAUCAACGCCGCGGGGAAGCAUUCACGAUCCACCGAACUCAAUGAAUCCAUUCAAGACUGUAUCAAACAAGGAUGGAUUGAAUCCAAAAACGGCCAGAUUCUACUCACGGAUGACGGCUAUCACUUUGCAGACCGAGUCGCGAGGGAUCUGAUCGGUGUAGCGAGAAGCGCGCUUGACCACAUCAGAGAUCGGUUUGCGGAUCACACCGUUGAUCAGUUGCUUCUGGUACCGCGCCACCAAGCCAUUGAGCAGCGUGUCAUGCUCAUGCAUCAACCCGUGAACGACCUCCAUCGAAUCAUCGACGCCAACCUCAAUCGCGCCAGCGAGGGUUUGCGUGUGCUCGAAGACAUUGCACGAUUUUCGCUCAAUCACAGCUCAUUGUCAGAGCGGAUCAAAGUCCAGCGUCAUCUUCUGCGUAAGGGGAUUGGAUCACUCAAGCUCGAUCAGACCCAGCUCCUCAACGCUCGUGACACUGAGCAUGAUGUUGGGACUUCGAUCCAGACCCCAACCGAAUCCUCACGCUUACAAGGCACGAGCGACAUCGCAUCAGCAGCCUCAAAGCGAGCCCAGGAAGCACUCCGUUCAAUCGAAGAAGCCGCCAAGGGGCUUGGCUGCUCCGGAGCAGACUUCGAAACGAUCCGCUAUGCACUCUACGACAUUGAGCGUGAUUUGCUUCUCUUGCUGCUCAAAGGCAUCCCAGAUUGGCCGCUCUGUAUCUUGAUCAGCGAAGAACUGUGCCUCCACAAGUCAAUCCGAGAAGUCGUCCGAGACAUCGCACGCGCCGGAGCUCGCUGUAUACAGAUCCGCGAAAAGACAAUGUCUGGCAGAGAUUUCCUUGAACACGCAACCAAACUCACCACACUCGCGCAUGACCACGGAUUGAGCGUCAUCAUCAACGAUCGCAUCGAUAUCGCACUCAUAUGUAAUGCCGACGGCGUACAUCUAGGUCAGGAUGACUUCCCCAUAAAUACAGCGAGGACCCUGCUGGGACCAUCAAAGUACAUUGGCAGGUCAUGCUCAACCAUCAAGCAACUCCGCGAAGCGUUUGUACAAGGCGCUGAUUACUGUGGAUUGGGUCCGAUCUUUCCAUCAACAACCAAAGUGAAACCGAAUCUCCUCGGCGUCGGUUUACUCAACGAUGUGAUGCGAAACGAGGACCUCAAGGAUCGACCCAUGCUCGCGAUCUCAGGAAUCAACACGGACACGAUUGACCAGGUUGUCGCUACGGGAUUCCCAGGGGUUGCGGUGAGCAGCGCGGUUUGCAGCACCGAAGAUCCUUACGAGGCGUGCAAACUGCUCAUGGACAAACUGCUCAACCGAGAGUCAUGCGGCGUUUGA